AUGUCGUUGCUUCAAAUUAUCAAGCACGCUCCGCGCAUUGACCGUUCGCCAAGAUCCUCCUGCUUCCCUGUCGCAAUCCAGCUUGCGCUCGACAUGUACCUCAAACUGCACAUCCACGAGCGUAAUAUUCGGCCGUAUGCUGUCAAGGCACACGGAAUCGUCGGAAAGGUGUACCCGAUACUGGGGUGGUGUUUGGCGCAUUACAUCAUGGGAAGCGGGUUCAUUGUGUAUGGCACUAUCAUGGCUAUCGUGUUCAUCGCCAUUACUCUGUGGGGGAUUGUCAACACGUUCACCGAGCAUCACGGGGGUGCUUGGUCGGUCAAGGAUAUGCAGCAUACUAUCCUCGGUGAUCUUUGCAAGUUGGUGGACGUGAGGCAUGCGAGGCAUUUUCCUGUCGCGGAACAACCAGGCAUGUCGCCAGCGCUCCUGACAUGCGCUAUUUUCGCUGACAUUACCUAUGACCUCCAGCGUUCCGUGAUUCCUAGUAUUAUCAUUAUCCUCACAGGAUGGGCUAUGGCAGGACAUGCACAAGCGCUUAUGAUCUCGACGAUGGUCCACGCGACGUUUGGCUACACUCUCUCAGCUGCCGGGCUUGCACGCAUCGUUGAAGUGUGCUUCCUCUCCUCGGCGAGGUACGAUGUCCCACCGGUGCAGGGUGAUAACAACAGCAAACACACGCUCGCGCCGGGAGAUUCGUUGGCAUUGCAGGAAGCUGGGAGAGUCAACGCUGAGAUAGCGUUCAGGCACUUGUCACCUUUCCUAUUGGUUGUUUCUGGAAUCCUGUUCAUGUCAGCGACAGAUGAAGAGCUUGGAUUUGUCAACGAUGAAGGCAUGGACCAUGUCACGUACAUCCUUAUCAUGUUCAGCAUCGCAUUCCUCUUGUAUACCCUCGUACUAGCGCUCAUUCACCUCUUCACCAUUUCGGGCCGAAAUGCGUCCUCGAAUUCUCAAACCUCUCUGGCAGGUGAUAACGCCAUUGAACUCACCUCGCCCUGCGGGGCUACGCCCAAGUGGUAUGCUGCUGUGCCGGGCAAAGCGGAGGAGACACAUGUGCUCGGUGAAGACAAAGAUUAGUGUCAAUGCCUCUUCUAUGACAUCGAUGAUGGUGGGUUUAGGCAUUAGUGACGUCCACGUGUAAACGACGAGGCGUGUAUGUUGCGUGUAUGCUGUAGUGCCUAUGGGCGCUUGUUAUCCGUUUGUU